AUAAGAUGGUCAGUUUUACCACCUUACCGUUAUCAUUCCACAUGAUGUAACCUAAAAAGUGCAUAAAAUAACAAGACAAAUACAUUUUAAAAACGGCGCCAUUUAACGGAAAUUGUUGUUUUGAUAUUAUAAUGUAGUUUUUAUAUUAUCAAUCAUAAAUCAGUUGUAUGUUAUAACUUGUAAUACUCAAUUAUUUAGUUAUUUUAACGAUUUUUGAGUAAUAGUCUCAAGUUUAAAUUAUUUCAUUUAAUUAAAAUGAAAAGCUUAGUGUAUACGCCUUCGUGAUUACUUAAUACUUAUAUUUAUUUCAGUUAGUUGGAAAAUUAUUAAACAAUACAUUUUGAUUCAUAUAGUAAGUUAAAUGAAAAAUUCUAAGCUUAAAAAUGACGAGUAGACAGUCAGUUAGCUCUAUUUUAAAACCUCCUAAAAUAAGGCCUCCUCUUAAGGAAAUUGAACCAGUUGAACAAGAUGGUGAUGAAAAUACUGCAUCAUUACCGAAACGGAAAGUUAGCUUUUCUGGCAUGAAUAAAAUUAAAAUGUAUAAUACAGCUGCUACUUCAUUAACUGUUUGUCAAGCACCAAUGUAUGAUGAACAAUUUUCAAUGUUAUCUGAUUCAUCAAAUACCGAAAAAUCCAAAACGCCUGGUAAAUUUGAAAAAUCUGAUACUUAUACUACUUUUGAACCUUCAAAUUGUACUAAUGUUGAAAAUAAUUGCCGAGUUAUCAUUGAAUAUGAUAGUCCUAAUGACAAUAUGGAAAUAACUGAAGCAUUAUCUGGUAAAAUUAUAUCUAAAGAAGACACUAUUUACACAUUUGAAAAUAAUGAAUCGUUGGAUAACAAAUUAGAUUUUGAUAGUUCAGAUAACAUGGAAUUUACUGAAGCUGUCAAAGGAUGUCAAAUUUUAAUUGCUAAUAAUCGGACUAUAUUUGAAACUGCUGAAGUUUCUUUACCUUUAAAUGACGAAUCAAAAAAUCAGGUUGAUGAUGAACCUAGUAAUGAAUUUUGUAAUAUGGACAUGACUUGUGGAAAUAUACAGUCCAGUAAUAUGGAAUUUACUUGUAUGAACAAUCAGACAAAUGAUAAUCAAGUGAUUAAUUCAAAAUCCUUUACAACCGAUUAUUCUUUAAAUAAUAGUAAAUCUUCUUGUAUGGAGUUAACUAAAAUGCAUAGUGGUCAAAUUUAUAAAGAAAAAUCUGUUCUCUAUAAUGAAUAUAGUAGUCAUUCUAUGAGUAUUGAAGCUGAAUUGUCUAAUGAAAUAUUAUCCAGUAGUACUCACAAUACACAAAUUACUGAAAAAAGUUCAGAAAAUUUAAUUUUUAAUAACAAUCAAAAUCAAGAAAAUUUUUAUAAAGGUGAUACUGAUGACACUGAAGAAAUUAAUAAACAAUUGUCUGCUGAUUUAGUUUCAAUGGAUAUAGGAGAAGAAUUUAAGAAUGAUGAAAAUAAUUAUAUUAAUGCAAAUUCAUCUGAAAAAGUAAAGAAUAAUUUAUCUUCAAAAGACGACGAAUAUGAAUCUCAAAAUGAGCCCUCUACAUCACCCAUUGUUGAAGAAAAUGUUCCUCAAAGUAGAAAAUCUAGAAAGUCAAUAGCUCCUGUUUCUUUGUUGAAUAUUGAUAAUAAUACAUCUUUAAAUGAAGAAAAUAAUGAAAUAAAACAAAAAAAGUAUUCUAGAAAAUCUAUGGCUAUUAAACAAUCACAUACACCAAUUGAAUUUGAAGAACAUGAUGAAAAAUAUGAAACUGUUUCUUUUGAGAAAGUAAUAGAAAAUAAUCAGGUUAAUGUUAAUAACUCUAUUGAAAACUCUAAUGAAAAAAAUGAGGUUGAUGACAAUGUAAUGGUUAAUGAUCAAGAGCUGAACUUAUCACAUUCUAGUAAAUUGUCUGAAAGCUCUUUACCGGAUUCAUCAAUGAUGAAUAUACAAGAUAAUGUUGAUAUCAAUUAUGAAAAAUCUAUUGUUUUAGAUGAAAAAUCUUGCCAUGAAAAUUUAAGAAAUAUAAUAAUCGAAUCUGGGGUUGAUAUUGAAAAUGAACAAAAAAAAGUUUAUAGAAAAUCACUUGCUCCUAUGGUUAUAAAUAAUAUAAAUAGUCAACCGUUGAAUUCUAUUGACCAUUGUUGUAAAGAACUACUCAUAAAUAAUGAUUUUAAAAACAUCAUUGUAGAUGAUAAUGAUUUGAAUUCUCCUUUCAGAAAGAAAUCUAAGAAGUCUAUACAAGCGAAUACCAGUGGUAUUGAUAAUAAUUUAUUUGAAAAAUCUACAAACCUAUUUUCUCAAGAUGUUUUGGAAGAUAAGAAAUCUUGUAAUAUGAAUAUGUCAGUUGAACACACAGCUGAAAAUGAAUUAGUAGAUCAGUCCCAUGCUUCAAUGUGUUCUUCACAUAAUACUUCCAUGAUUAAACAAUUAAUGUCUUGUUCUUCAUUGAAUGACGAAGAACAUUUUUUAAGCUUAUUAAAAAGUUCAUCUAAACAAAAACCUUGCUCAAAAGAUCAGUCUUUUGAAAAAGAAAGUAGUUUUUCACAGAGGAUAAAUAAUAUUCUUAAAGAAGCUGAUGAAUUAGAGGCAAAAGAAGGAUAUGAAAAUGAUUACAAUGAUUCUAGGCUUGAUGAAAUUAUUGGGGAAUGUAAUGUAAGUGACGUUAAAAUGGACAAUUUUGUAAAACAGACUGAAAAGACCAUAAAUGAUAGUUCAAUUCAUGAAAAAAAAAGUUUAGAAACUUCAACUGCAACUAAUUUAGAAGAAAAUUGUAGAAAAAAAUCUGUUGACCAUAAUCCUCAUGAUAUCUUAGUAGCAGAAAUCUCAAAUAUUUGCUCACAAAAUUCUGAUAGUUCAAUUUCUAUGAAUAGAAAAAGAUGUCACAGCAAUAGAGAGUGUACACCAUUAUCUAAUUCAUUCAACUCGAGACAUGAAGUAGCAAAAAGUGAAAAUUCAUUAUAUAAAAUUAAUACUCAAGAAUCUUUUUGUAUUAGUGAUGAAAUAACUAAUAAUGUAUCGGUUGUUAAUAUUGACUCUGACAAUGUAAGUUAUAAUGAAAAUAAAAUUUUAUUGAAUAACAAACAAAUAAUAGAUGAUGUUCAAAAGAAAGAUAUUACUUAUGAAAUUGAACAGAAUGAGAAAUUGCAUAGUAAUGAUGGAUCAAUUAAUAAUACUUCUAUUAAUCAAAAUUCAUUAUCUCAAGAGAUUAAUGAAUAUUUAUCUGAAGAUAUGUCAAUCAAGAAUAAUUGUAUCAAUGAAACAGUAAAAGAAAACUCAUAUGAUAAAAAAUCUGAAGAUGAUCAAAUGGAUGUAUCUAUAAAUGAGUCUACUAACAAUGUAUUUAUAUAUAAUAAUCAAACUUGUCAAGACAUAUCAAUAAAUGAAGAACCCACCACUGAAUGUUUAGCUGAUGAGGUUACAGAAUUUCUUACCAAAUGGAAAAAUAGUUUUAUUGAUAAAUUGUUGGUUUUAGAAAAAUGUACAAAUACCAAAUGGAUAUUCAAUUUAUUGAAUAAUAAUUUAUAUUUGGAAAUUAAUUAUUCCUUUACUGUGGAUAAUCAUUCAUUUCUCAAAGUAGAAGAUAUUUCUUUUUCUGCUUCAUCAACUGAUGAUGAAAUAAUGAAAUUUGGGAUUAACUGGAUUUCAACAAAAUAUAAUCCUAAAAUGUACAAACGUAUAUGUUUUACUAUCGGUCAUGUGGAGUUGUUGUUAAAAUCAUUGUUAGAAGAUGUAAAAUUUAUUCAUAAUGUCAUGAACAGUAUGUUAUUUUUGCAUGAAGUUUACUGUGUUAAAUAUAAAAAUAAUAAAGCUAGUUUUGUGUUACAUCGAAUGACGGCUCCUAUGAUGGCAUGUAUUGAAAUUUGUCUAACAAAUAUUCAUAAAAUAUGUAUCAAAGAUAUUUCAGUUGAUUGCAUAUUUGGAUCUUUUGACAAUAGAGUUUUAAGCGAUAUUGUUGAAAAUACUCCCAAAGAUUCUAAUAUUUUACAAUCAAUAGUGGAAAAAUUGAAAACAGUCAGCAAAAAUAAUAAAAAUUAAAUUUUUUCUAAUUUUAAUUCAUUGUUUUAUACUGAUAUUUAGAAAACGAAUAAAUCUUGAUAAUCUUAUAUGUGCAUUAUUCUGUAUUAACAAAAUAUAUUUUACAAUCAAACUAUCAUAUUGUAAUUUUCAAUAUUAAUUUAAAGAGUUAUUUUAGCACUUUUGUAGUGAAAGAAUUUUUUUUUUUUUUAAUUUGAUAAAUAUGUAAUAAUGUGUUUAUUUUUUAGUAUUUUUAGCUAUAAGUUUUAAUUAAUUACAUUUAACUCUUUAUUUUGUUUUUAAAACAAUCAAAUAUUAAUGUCAAUUUAUUUUGUAAAUAGCUUUUUGUAUUUACUUCCUUUAAUACUUUUAUAAUUUUUGACUUAAUAUACAAUUAUUAAAACGAACAUAUCCCACCAAAAUACAAUAGGUUGUUGGUAGUUUUUAAUUGUUUUUUAAAAACUAGAUCAUGUACGAUAGUACUCGUAUAAAAUAAUAUAGUUAUAUGAAACUAUGUAUUGUAUUUUUUCUGUAUUUUAUGUUGAUAUAAAAGUAUCUUACUGUUUAAUUUAACUAUAUAUAUAUAUAUUUCAAUCUUAAACAAAAAUUGUAUAUCUAAUAUAAUUUUGAUAUGUCUUUGUUUUAAUUUUAUACAUGUAUAUAUAUAUAUGUUUUAUGAUUUAUUUCAUUAAUAUGUGUUAUAAGCAUUUUCAAAUUUUUAUUUAGAUGACUUAAAUUAAUU